CUCUCCAUGCGAUCUUUCUGCCACCGAUUUCUGCCAAGGAUACCACCACAUUGAGAAUCGAAUUCGACGCAUAGACUAAGGAUCGACGAUCCACUCCAUCUACCGCCUUCCUCCUCCUUCCAUCCUCCAUCUCUACCUGUUCUGACAAACAACAAUGACUACAAAUCCACAGUCCUCGUCUGGCAUAUCAACAACGUCAAAUCCACGAUCCAAGAGAUCUAUGCCAUUCAUUUUUAUGUUCGAUUGCAACAAUAAAUCGUCGAAUCGCAUUUGUGGAUCACCUCUAUCUGGCGAGGAUCUUAUACCGCUAUUGCCUUCUUUUCCAAUCGCACCUCCGACCGCCACAAACUACACAAACACCGUCACAUAUGGCUCCAACCUCCACAGUUCCCACCUAUGUAUCAAUUAUCAAAGAUCUCCUUGUUCCGCUCACCACCUGUUCGAUGAUAUGCCUCAUAGUGUUUUCGGUUCUUUUGAGCUCAUAAGAGCAGUCUUGUUCCAAAUGUUUUUGUGCCCUAAAAUUCAACGAGCUCUUACAAUAUUUUCAUUGUUUAUGAUGCUUUGGUGCAUAUCCCCUUACCUUGAACCAAUGCUUCUUGCUCAUAUCAGCUGGUUCUUUAUCCCACUUCUUCUUAGAUCACCUGUUUGA